CAUUACUUAUCAAACCAAUAUUCGAUCGUCAUGCGAUUACACAAAGUCUAUCACCGUUUCUCUCUCUUCUCUCUCACUUCGCCCCCUUUUCUUCUUCCUCCUCCUUCUUCAACCCUUUUCUCACAUUAUUCUCCCCCCUUUCUCCUCUCCAAACGCUGUCGUUUUUCAUCACGUUAUCCUACACCCUCUCUUCAACCUAUGUCUACCUCAAGAUUACACAAUCUUCUUCCUGUUGGUUCGAUCGCCACCGAAGACGCAGCCGCUCCUAACGCCUCUCUACCUACAUCUGAAGAUGACGACUUAAACAGUGGAUAUCGUCUUCCUCCACAAGAAAUUAAAGAUAUUGUUGAUGCACCACCACUUCCAGCUUUAUCAUUUUCUCCAAAAAGGGAUAAAAUUCUGUUCCUAAAACGAAGAUCUUUACCUCCAUUGUCCGAAUUGGCAAAACCAGAGGACAAGCUUGCAGGCAUUCGUAUUGAUGGCAACUCUAAUACCCGUAGUAGGAUGUCAUUUUAUACUGGUAUUGGGAUCCAUGAUUUGAAGGAUGAUGGUACGUUAGGCCCAGAAAAAUCGAUACAUGGCUUUCCAGAAGGAUCUAAGAUCAAUUUUGUUACCUGGUCAAAGGAUGGCAAGCAUUUAGCCUUAAGCAUUCGGCAAGACCAGGAGGAUGGUGUUGGAAGUAAGCUUAGAGUAUGGGUUGCAGAUGUGGAAACAGGAAACGCUAGGCCCUUGUUUCAGUCACCAGAUGUGUUUGUCAAUGCAGUUUUUGAUAACUACGUAUGGGUGAACGAUUCAACUCUUUUAGUUUGUACAAUCCCAGCAUCUAGAGGAAGCCCACCAAAGAAACCAUUAGUCCCCUCAGGUCCUAAAAUUCAAUCAAACGAACAGAAAACCGUUGUUCAAACGCGUACCUACCAAGAUUUACUCAAAGACGAAUACGAUGAAGAUUUGUUCGAAUAUUAUGCCACAUCACAGCUUGUUUUGGUGUCCUUAGAUGGGAACGUGAAAUUAUUCGGGGAGCCAUCUAUAUAUACGUCACUAGACCCGUCUCCUGAUCACAGAUAUAUCUUACUUAGUUCGUAUCACAGACCGUUUUCGUUUAACGUGCCAUGUAGCAGAUUUCCUAAAAAAGUUGAUUUGUGGUCGGCUGAUGGAAAGUUUGUUAGGACGCUUUGUGAUUUGCCUGUUGCAGAGGAUAUUCCAAUUGCAUUUAAUAGCGUUAGAAAAGGCAUGCGGUCUUUAAAUUGGAGGGCAGAUAAGCCUUCUGAUCUGUAUUGGGUGGAGACACAAGAUGGUGGUGACGCUAAAGUAGAAGUUUCUCCUCGUGACAUAUUGUACACACAAGCUGCCGAUGCCCCUGAAGGUGAACAGCCAACCAUCUUUUUUAAGCUUGAUCUUCGUUACGGAGGAAUUAGCUGGUGUGAUGAUUCACUUGCACUGAUAUAUGAAUCUUGGUACAAAACACGACGUGUACGAACCUGGUUGGUUGCCCCAGGGUCCGACACGACCCCACGCUUAUUAUUUGAUAGAUCAUCUGAAGAUGUAUACUCUGACCCUGGUUCUCCAAUGUUGAGGAGAACGCCAGCUGGAACUUAUAUUAUUGCUAAAUUUCGGAAGGAAGAUAAAGACGCAACAUAUUUGUUACUAAACGGAAGUGGUGCUACCCCAGAAGGAAACAUACCUUUCCUAGAUCUCUUUGAUAUAGAUACGGGAGAUAAAGAAAGAAUAUGGCAAAGCAACAAGGAGAAAUAUUACGAGAGUGUUGUGGCUUUAAUGUCUGACCAAACUGAAGGUGACUUGAAGGUGAAUGAGUUAAAAGUGUUGACUUCCAAAGAGUCAAAGACUGAAAACACCCAAUAUUAUUUGCAACAAUGGCCUGAUAAAAAUCCAGCUCAAAUCACAAGCUUCCCACAUCCAUACCCUCAAUUGGCAUCAUUGCAAAAGGAAAUGAUACGCUACCAAAGACGAGACGGGGUUCAAUUGACCGCAACUUUGUACCUGCCACCUGGCUAUGACCCGUCACGAGAUGGCCCGUUACCAUGUUUGGUAUGGUCUUAUCCUGGAGAGUUUAAAAACAAAGAAGCAGCAGGCCAAGUUCGUGGGUCCCCUAAUGAGUUUGCUGGCAUCGGUCCAACAUCACCACUGCUUUGGUUGGCAAGGAAAUUUGCUAUAUUAUCUGGGCCAACAAUUCCCAUCAUUGGUGAGGGCAAGGAAGAAGCAAACGACACUUAUGUUGAGCAACUGGUUGGGAGUGCAGAAGCUGCAGUGGAGGAAGUUAUCCGCCGCGGGGUGGCUCAUCCUGACAAAAUUGCUAUUGGGGGACAUUCUUAUGGGGCGUUCAUGACUGCAAAUCUUUUGGCACACGCCCCUCAUCUUUUCUGUUGUGGAAUUGCUCGCUCUGGGGCUUAUAAUAGAACCCUUACACCUUUUGGGUUUCAGAAUGAGGAUAGAACGCUGUGGGAAGCUACUGAUACUUACAUCAAGAUGAGUCCUUUUAUGGCUGCCAGUAAGAUUAAGAAGCCCAUUUUGCUUAUUCAUGGAGAAGAAGACAAUAAUUCAGGAACAUUAACGAUGCAGUCGGACCGUUUCUUCAAUGCUUUAAAAGGGCAUGGGGCCCUCUCUCGUCUAGUCAUCCUACCAUUUGAGAGCCAUGGUUAUCAAUCACGGGAAAGCAUAAUGCAUGUCCUUUGGGAGACUGACAGGUGGCUGCAGAAAUUUUGUGUUUCAAAUUCUUCAGAAGAUACUACGUCGAAAAAUGAUGAAAGUUUAGGAACUGAAGGCUCGGAGAAUAAAGCUGUUGCCUCUGGUGGUGGUGCGGUUGCUGAGCUGGAAGAUAAUGGACUUGACAAUCUUCAUUAUUACACAAGAUCGUCACUUUGAUGUAUUUUUCGAGCAACGAUUCUUAUUUGAAGAAACUUGUUGCCAGACGUACAGGUGCGCCACCUCAGCACCUGAGAAAACAUGAUUGGCUGAUGUUGAGGUGAAGGGGAGGCUGCAUUACCAUCCCUGUAAUCUUGAAAUAAAACAAAAACCUGCAGGGCAAAAUCAGAUACAAAUUCUGUGUGAUAAUCUUGAGAUUGUCAAUAUGUGAAAUUUAUUUGGAAAAAAAUGGAAUUCAUUUUGAUGAUUGUUAUAUUGUUGGCUGCACAUUAUUAAAGCUAAUAUGCUACCUAUUGGGUAUUUUAAAUAUAUGAAUUUCGAAUUUUAUUGGA